AUGCCUGGAACAAAUAUACCAACAGAUGUAUGCUGUACUCUGAAAUAUGUUCAAACGAAUCUCAAACAUUUCAAGGAGAUAACAAUUGGGAGCACUAUACAGUACAAGGUAAAAACGUUGCCAGUUCUUUCGGACAUCGCUAUGGGAAAACCUGCCGCACAGUCUUCAAUCUUUCUUAACUAUUCAGCCGAGUUGGCGGUGGAUGGCAACAGGGGUACAGACAUAUACCAAGACUUGUGUUCACACACCGAUACAGCUGAUACAAAUCCUUGGUGGAGGGUGGAUCUGCAGGCUGUGUAUUCCAUUAAAACUGUCAGAAUUAUCAAUAGGGGGAUAGAUAAGUUUAAAACAGAUUUAUCAGACCGGCUGCGGGAUGUUACAGUAACUGUGGGACUGACAGACAUAGACAUCGGCACUACCUGUGGUUUCUUUGCUGGUCCCGGUACUUUGUCACAGCUGGUCGUCAUCGACUGUCCUACUUUACCGUUUGGGAGAUACGUCAAGAUCUCCAUGACAACCGAGUAUCUCAGUCUAUGUGAGGUUGACGUGUUUGGUGUUAAAGAGUAG